UGCUUCCUCCUUCUUGGGCUGGAGCCGGGUUUUUUUUGUGGCUUGCGGAUUGCAGGUUCGAUGCUCCGCUGCCGUGAGUGAGGUCCAUUGUGGUUUCCGGCUGUAGAGAACGCCGUAACAGCCUCUCACGGUAGCCCCUUCUCCACCCCGGUGGGUGACAGGAAGAUAUCACCUCCCGGCUGUAGGGGAAGGUGAGGAGGGGGAUGUGACAGGCACCCGAGGCUGACGCAGUCGGUGGAUCAGCGCGGGGAGGGUUUUGGGUUUUCGGGCCCGGUGGCUCGGACCAUGGCCUCGGGGAAGUCGGUGCUGUGCGGCGUCGCCAGCCUUUACCUGAGCGGCUUCUGUAUCUUUCUGAUGGUCGAUGUCUACGCUCGGCCGACCAACAACUCAGCCGUCAAGCGGGAGAAGUCGGGCGCCAAGCUGGACGACAACGAGAUCCAGCCCCCGAACCACCUGAGCGGGCUUAAACUGGAGAAGGGGGGUGUCCUGAACAAGGAUUUCCACCAGGAGGUCUUCCUGGGCAAGGAGAUGGAUGAGUUUGAGGCGGACUCCGAGCCCGUCAGAAACCGAAAGAAGCUCAUUGCCAUUUUUGAAAAGGUUGAUGUCAAUGUUGACAAGAAAAUUAGUGCAAGUGAGAUGCAGCAAUGGAUCAUGGAAAAAACGGAGGAGCAUUUCCAGCAGGCCAAUGAAGAGAACAAACUACACUUCAAAGCUGUAGACCCUGAUGGCGAUGGCCAAGUGUCCUGGGAUGAGUAUCGAAUCAAGUUUCUUGCAAGCAAAGGGUUUAAUGAGGAAGAGGUUGCAGAGAAAAUAAAGAACAAUGAAGAACUGAAGAUCGAUGAAGAAACUCAGGAACUUCUGGAUAACCUGAAAGAUCGGUGGUUUCAGGCUGAUGAGCCUCCAGCAAACCAUCUCCUGAAUGAAGAAGAAUUUUUGGCUUUUCUUCACCCAGAACACAGCCGUGGAAUGCUCAAAUUCAUGGUUAAGGAGAUUAUUCGUGAUUUAGAUCAAGAUGGAGACAAAAGAUUGACUGUAUCGGAAUUCAUUUCAUUGCCAGUUGGCACAGUGGAAAACCAGGAGGCUCAAGACAUAGAUGACGAUUGGGUAAAGGAAAGAAGAAAGGAAUUUGAGGAGGUUAUUGAUGCUGAUCGAGAUGGCAUUGUCACAAUGGAAGAGCUGGAGGAAUACAUGGAUCCUAUGAAUGAAUACAGUGCCCUGAAUGAGGCCAAGCAGAUGAUAGCUGUCGCAGAUGAGAAUCAAGACCACUAUCUUGAACUAGAAGAAAUCCUGAAAUACAGCGAGUACUUUACAGGAAGUAAACUAAUGAAUUACGCUCAGAGCGUUCACGAAGAAUUCUGAAGAGCAAAGAUCCUAUAUCAGAAUCAUCUACUUGGAAUUUCCUAAGUUGUAUCAACCAGAAAUACGCUUACUGAAAAAUUGCUUUUCAUAUUACUGCUGUUGUAUCCUGUUAAAUUUCCAGAACUAUUCGAGACAGCUCCUUAACCUUAAAACAGUAAGACUGCUUAUUGGUUUAGUUUUCUGAGAGAUGAGAUUUCAAACAAACAGCCCCUGCUAUAAUGUUAUAAUUUCUGAAGGACCACGUGUGAGAUGGAGCAAUGUUUAGGGAUUAGUAAGUGUGACUAGUAAUGUGCAUCACUCAGACAUGAGGGCUGACAGAGGACCCUUGUAACAUUGUGCUAGGAUGAGGUGAACUCUUUUUAUGCUGAGUCGUCACAAUAGUUGCACCUUUGUCUAGAUUGCGUUUAGACACGUCACCACUGUCAACUAUUGUGCAAUGUGAUAUGAGUCUUCAUUAGGCUAUGGUGAAGAGCUUCUUACUCAUCCUGCAAUCAGCAAUGGUACUGCUGUAACCAGGACUCUGGUUAAAUUGAUUGAUCGUGACUGUCCUCUAGUAUUGAUCAAAAUUCUUAGUUUCCUUCUAAAAACUUACCUACCUGCUCCAGUUGGUUUACACACAGUGGAUCUGCUAAGUCAUCACAAAGGCAGCAAGAAACAACAGCAUGCACUGAGAGAUAGCAAGAACUGCAGGAGUCGGAGAUAAGUGUGGAGCUGGAGGAGCACAGCAAGCCAAGCGGCAUGAGGAGCAGGAAAGUUGAUGUUUUGGGUGGGGACCGGUCUUCAGAAGAAUGGUCCCGACCCAAAACGGCAACGUUCCUGUUCCUCUAGCUGCCUGGUCUGCUGUGUUCCUCCAGCUCCACAGCAUGUACUGAGAUUGAGAGAUUUCUGUCAAUGAACCCAAACUAAAGUGUUGGUCCAAUAGGCAUGCCAGACGGGAUUCUCUUCUCCUGUUCUUAUCACAACUUUUAUUACAAUGGUUUGUUGUGCCUUUGGAAAUACAAAAGUAGUGUAAGUGCAAAAGGCAAAGUUCAUCCAGCUGUGGAAGCAGAAUUCCUUAAGUUUGUGUGUGUGUGUGUGUGUGUGUGUGUGUACGCACCUGUGUCUGCAGUUUGUUUUUAUCAUAAACUCAUCUGACCAUCAAAGCAGCAUUGUAAAAUGCUGCUGUAUUGUAAUUAAGAAAUAGUAGAUACCAGAGACUCUGAACUGUGCUUGGAGGAAAUAAUUAAUUAUCUUUAGUAUUAAUCCACUGUUACUCUGCAAGAUUAAUGUUUGGCAAUCAAUACGUUAAUUUGAGUUGGUUACAUCUAUGUCAUCAGCAGAAAUCUUUCAAAGGUUUUGUGGUGGAAGAUUUUCAGGAUAAUGCGCGAUGAGUGCUAUUUCACAAUUGCUGGGUUUUUUUUUUCUAGGAAUUAUCUUUGCAACUGCUAGCUAAUGCAUUUGUUUUCAUAGUUUUGCAGGAAGCCGGUAAUACAAGUCCAGACCACAGAAGACCAAUUCCAGAAUGAAUGUCUCAAAAGUUUAGUAGUACCAGAUUAUGUUGUUGUGCUGGAAGUUUCAUGAAACCACCAUUUGGUGUAAUCAUUUUGAGUUACCAAGGCAAACCUGAUAAUUUAUUGUGAAUAUUUGCUUCAAUCUUUUGAACCAGCUUUCUUGCUACUCUUGGGGUUUGAUGUUGAUUACCGUUUAUCAUUUAUUGAUUGUUCAAGUGAAUUUGUUUAUCACACAUGCACUUAUCAAAAUCCAAUAAAAUCAUGGUUUAGAGAAAUAAAUCAUCAGAAUUGUUUCUAGUGACCAGAUGAUGAAUAAUAUUUUGGCAUGUGUUUAGAUGAGUUCCAUUGUUUCAGACUAUCAUGAUACAAUAUGACUCUCUUUGGGAUAUCAUGCAUUGGAUGCAUUACUUCUGUAUCCUCCUUUUUGUAAUCUAAGCAUAUAAAAGUUCCUCCCUAUCACACUGCUGAACUAUGAUUUCCAAUGGCCUGCUAAAUGCAUUUUUAUACAGUGCACCAAUUUUGUUGUGAAUUUUAGUUUUCUUCAUUUGCUUGGUGAGGUACAACCAGAACCAUUAUUGCAAAAGCUUAGGGACUCAGACAUUAUGUGACCUGGCCGCCAAAAUUUUAAACAGUAGACGCAGCUAAACGUUCAUCAGAAGAAUUCAUUGUUAUGCAGUUAGAUUUAACACUUAUUGUAUAAGUAUCAGGUUGAUGUAUUGAAUGAAAUUGGAAAAGUAUUAUAGUAGACUGUCAUUUCCAAAUUCUAGAUUGUCACAAAACAUCGUAAGUCAGUAGAAUUGUUCACCCAGAACAGCAGAGUACAAAUCAAGAGAAUGUAUGUCUGAACCAGAUGGAGACCAUUGCAACCCAUCUGAUUAGUCUUGUACUUAAAAUCCUAAACAAUACUUCAUCUUUACUCUAUCAUCUUUACCACUUUAUUGAGUUUUUGAACCUGUAGAUACUGUUAAUCUAUUACUUUCUGGUUAGUCCACUUGUAUAAUGAAUGUUUCUGGUGCAAAGUAAUUUGUUCAUUUUCUUAUUCUUUGAUACUUUAUUAAAAUUUUACAAUAAUGCCUUUGGAGCAACUGGGCUCAGUUAAUGCCAUCCGUAAAAGGUUGGAUAUACCCCCAGGAGAGACUUCACAAAGUUGAAAGGUAGGAGAAAGACUUAUAGAUUCUCAAGUGUUAACUUUUUUUUCUGCCUGUAAUGAAAAAGGUCUCUCAAAUACACGUUAAACAAUGUGGAACAAUGGAUUAAACCCAGAAUAUAAUUCAAAAUAAAAUGAUGAAUAGACCCAAAAUUCACAUUUAAAUUGAUGGAAUGUAGGAGGAGCUGCUACCAUAGUGUCAUUGGAUUGCUAAUACAGAACCCCAGGCUCAUGCGGUAGGAGAUGUGAACUCAAAUCCCAUCAUGGCAGCUGGUGAAGAUUAAAUCAAUAAAAUGAUGUCUCCAAAAUUAAUGUGCAAAUGUCAAAACAAAUGAAAUUUUGCACUAUAAAGUGUAGAAAUUAUAGAAUUAUUCCCAUGAAAAUUCAGUUCAUGAUCACUUAGUGACAUUAUCUGUCUAUAUUACAGUCUCAAUAUUAUGGUAUUUCUUUUGUUUCUCUUAAACCAUUUUGGAGGAGGUUUUUGAGUAAUAUGGUCUAAAUAAUGUGGAAUAUUAAAAUAAGGGAGAUGAACAGUCAGCUUUCAUGCUCCUUUCAUAAACCACAGGUGGGCUGGCAUAUUUUGUAAAAAAAAAGCCCACCCUUUUCUGUCACAAGGUAUGUGCGUUGACAAAUUUUAACAAUUAAAAUUUGGUAUUGUGCACCUUUUGUAACUGUACAUGAGUGAAAAUGUUUUGAAUGUUUAUGCAGCAAUAAAAGUGGAAACUAUGGAAAAAUGUUCAGCAA